AUGCAGGCCGACCUUACUUAUUCCAUCCUCGUGCUUGCUCCUCAGGAGAGGGAGGUUCCCUUGGGAAAGGCUGGAGGGUUGAAGAAGGUGGCAGUGACCCGUCCAAUCGGCUCCCCCCCCCCUGACGAGGCGGAGGACACCAGCAGGCUCGCCGUCCCCCAGGAGGUCACAGACCGCAUGCUGCGCCGCAUCCUCACCUUUGCAGGGCUGCCCGUGGCUGUUUCCAUCCUCUUCCUCCCCCUAUUCUACUUCCUCAAGGUGACACAAGGCUUCGAAAUUCCGCUGCCGGCGGUCUACUUCAUCCAGAGCCUGGGCUUUGGCGGUGGCCUGUUUGGAAUCUCCUACGGCAUCCUGUCGGCCAGCUGGGACCCCUCGCGGCCGGGCAGCACCCUGGGAGCCAACGAGUUCCAGGCCAACCUCCCCAUCCUCCUGGAGUACCUCCGACGGAAGUGA